AUGGAGGUGGCUCUCGGAGCGGCGAAUUGGCUCCUCGGCCAAGUCCUCAACAAGCUGUCCGAUGACUUGCUGAAAGCGUACGUGUUCAGCACCGAGCUCGGCCUCAACCUUGUGAAGAUCAGAAAGGAGAUGCUGUACACUAAAGGGCUGCUGGAGGCGGCCCAGGGGAGGGACUUCGCUGGGAACUCUGGCCUGAAGGGUCUGCUCGAGGACCUGAGCAACAAGGCCGACGAGGCUGAGGACGCUCUGGACGAGCUCCACUACUUCAUGAUCCAGGACAAGCUCGAUGGGACUCGAGAGGCCACUCCAGAGUUGGGAGAUGGCCUCAGAGGCAAAGCUCAGCAUGCCUGCCAUGCUGCUCGCCACACUUCUGGUAACUGGUUCUCAUGCUUCUCUUGUUGCCGUUCGCAAGAUGAGGAUGUUGCUACUACCGACGAUGUCCAUAACACCCAUAGCACAAGCAAUGCCAUUGCCAUGUCUGUUGACCACAGUGGCCAUGAUGGAAAGUUGCCAUUUGACAGGGUGGCAAUGUCCAACAAAAUCAAGCAGCUCUUAGAGGAGCUGCACUCUAACUGUACUCCUGUCUCUGACUUGCUCAAGAUAGUGUCAGGCACUAACCCUCAGCAACACAUGCCUGCCUUCGCUAAAAGGCCUGACACAAGCUCUGAAAUCACACAGGAGAAGUUGUUUGGGAGGGAUGCCAUCUUUGAGAAAACUAUAGAGGAGAUUAUCAGUGUGACACAGAGUGGUAUAACCUUGUCUGUUCUUCCUAUAGUUGGCCCAGGGGGUAUUGGAAAGACUACCUUCACCCAGCACCUCGUCAAUGACACAAGGAUUAAACAAUGUUUUCCUGAUAUUAAUAUCUGGAUAUGUGUAUCGACUAAUUUUGAUGUGCUCAAGCUCACCAAAGAGAUCCUGAGCUGCCUACCCGCAACAGAAAAUGAAGGAAAUAGAACACCAAAUGAAACUACCAACUUAGACCAGCUUCAGAAAUCCAUCGCAGAGAGGCUGAAAUCCAAAAGGUUUCUACUUGUCUUGGGAAUGCAGCAGUAG